AACCCCAUCAACCUCAACAUCCGCGACUCCUCAGACCCCCUCAAGCCCUUCUACCCCGGCCAGCCCAAAUCCCUCUCCGGCAUCGCCCUCCGCGCAUUCUGCCUCGGCAUCGCCUUCGCCGCCGGCCUCCUCUCCGCCCUCGCCAUCCUCCUCCUCACCGACUCCCCCGUCUGGCGCGUCCCCUUCUUCCUUCUCGCCCUCUCCCUCUUCCACUUCCUCGAGUUCUGGACCACCGCGGAGAGAAACACCGCCGUCGCCUCCGUCGACAGCUUCCUCCUCACCGCAAACUGGCCCUCGUACGCAAUCGCCCAUUCCGCAGCCUUCGCCGAGUGCCUCCUCGUCAGCGUCUUCUUCCCCGACCGCCACUGGGCGCCCCUCGGAUCCGGCAACGUCCUCCUGCUUCUGGGGCUGGCGCUCGUCGUCGUCGGCCAGGCCGUCCGCUCGCUGGCCAUGCUGCAUGCCGGCGCCAGCUUCAACCACCACAUCCAGACCAAGAAGGCGCAGACGCAUCUCCUCGUCACGACGGGCAUCUACGGCUGGCUGCGGCACCCGAGCUACUUUGGCUUCUUCUGGUGGGGCUUGGGCACGCAGCUCGUGCUGGGGAAUGCGGUUUGCUUCGUCGCGUAUACGGCGGUCCUCUACACGUUCUUCAAGGGGAGGAUCGAGAUUGAAGAGCACAAGCUCGUGGAGUUCUUUGGGGAAGACUAUGUCAACUACAGGAAGCGUGUGGGUACUCUGAUCCCGUUCAUA